UACAGUUUAAAAUUUGUAGCAAUCCCGUAAGAUGCAGUGAUGCACAGACUGAGGCUACAUCCAGUGUGCAUUAGAAUCUGAGUCUGCGUUGCUGUCUUCGUUAAACCCUCUAAAUGAAAUGACGCCUAAACCCUUCAAUUUUCCCGCCAAACGCCGAACCGGCCUUCUCCUACUAACAGCAGCCGUUGCCGCCACCGCCGCCGCCGCCCAAGCUUCGAACACUCACGAGCUCUCCUCUCUCUCUGCAGGAAAACUUGGAGCAGAAGUGCACGGCCUCGUCCGCACUGCACGUGCCGUCUCUGCGGUAGCUUCUACUGUUGUUGAUUACGAGUUCUCGUUGCGCGGCCUCCGAAAGGACUCCGAUCAGUACCGUCACUCGAUUUCCGAGGUUCAUCUACGGUCUGCCAAGAGGUUUUUGAAGUUAUGCGAAGUGAACAAAGGGUUUUAUGUGAAGGCUGGGCAGUUUGUUGCUGCUCAGAGAGUGCUUCCGAAAGAGUACUCGUCAACUUUGUCCGCACUGCAGGACCAGGUUGCUCCUCUUCCUUUUAAAGUUAUCAAGGGAGUGUUGAAGGAUAAUUUGGGACCAGAUUUCACUGAGAUGUUUGAGUCAUUGGAUGAAGAACCUAUAGCUGCCGCAUCUAUUGCACAAGUUCACCAUGCGGUGCUGAAAAGUGAUCAGGAAGUAGCAAUCAAGGUGCAAUAUCCUUGGGUACAGCAGCAGAUGACUUUUGACACAAGAACAAUGUAUUUCCUAUCUAAAACUAUUGCAUGGUUAUACCCACAGUACAGGUUUGAGUGGCUACCAUUGGCAUUUGCGGACUCCAUGGCUGCAGAACUUGAUUUUAUUCAUGAGGCAAGGAAUUCUGAGAGAGCAGCCAAAAACUUGAGAAACAACAAACUGAUCAGGGUUCCUCAUGUAUUCUGGGAUUUGACUAGCAGGCAAGUCCUAACAAUGCAGUUUUAUACAGGGCGAAAGAUUGAUGAUUUAGACUUUCUGAACCAGCUUGGAGUAGAACCAGAAAAGGUAGCAAAAUCAUUGAUUGAACUAUUUGCUGAAAUGAUAUUUGUGCAUGGUUAUAUACAUGGUGAUCCACACCCUGGUAAUAUAUUAGUUUCUCCUGAAGGUUCCAAUGGCUUCUCUUUGGUUCUUUUAGAUCAUGCAGUCUACAGGGAAUUGGAUGAGGAAUUUAGAAAAGACUUUUGUCAGUUAUGGGAAGCUUUGAUUCUUAAAGACUUGAAUAAAACAUUGAGGCUUGGUGAACGAUUUGGUGCUGGGAAGUAUUCUAGAUAUCUGCCCAUCAUUUUCACUGGAACGCCUGUUGAAAGCAAACAUGCUUUUGGAAUAUCAACUGCAGAAAAAGAGACCAUGAUAAACGAGUUGAAGUCUCUCUUAUUUGAUGACUUAUCUUCAUUCAUGGAGACCCUGCCUCCAGAUUUUAUUGCGAUAAUGCGCAUAGACGGAAUGAUAAGAUCUAUCAUUAGAAAGAUGGGUGUAUCUCGGGUCACCAGGUUGCUAACUUACACCAAAUAUGCAGUAUAUGGUCUUCUCUGUUCAAAGUUGGAUGUAGAAUCAUCUAGAAGUCCCAUGAAAUCUUACUUUGCUGUGGAAGCUGCUUUUCUCAGUUUCAUAGCAACCUUAAAAUAUGUUCUCAUCCUAAUAAAGGUUCUUAUCGGGAGCAUUGACAGUACCCCAUGGCGCCAGAAGGUGAAUAAUGUUUUGAAUUACAUGCAUAGCAAGAUUAGUAGUGAGUUUUGGGGCAUUGUGGUGCAUCCUGUUUUUCUUCUAUUAUGGAUCCGUCCUAAUGUAUUAUUUUAAGCAUCGAGUUCUUAUAUAUAUAAAAAAAAGUGGUGGUUGUGAUGGUAUGCUAUACAAAUGUUAAAGUGUAUUCAUUCAGUUUUAAAUUUUAAUAAAAACCUUGUAAAAAAAUGUUUUCAGAUGAUA